AUGAAAAAGAUGUCAUGUGGUUCAGAUUUGACGAAAUUGUAUGUUCCUUUCUGCAAAGAGGGCAAUGGCCAUUGGCUCGCACUGGAGAUUGAUCUAUCCCAGAGAUGCAUUUACGUCUAUGAUAGCGAAACAAGUGUCAUGCGGAGGGCACAACUGGAGAGGCAACUUGAGCCCAUUCGAGUUGUGGUACCGAUGCUACUGACGAAGCUGAAUGCUAACUACAGUGCUGAAAAGUUUGAUUGGAAACGGUUGACAUCUCCUAGCCAAAGCAAUGGAGAUGGUGAUCAUGGAACAUACCUUGAAAGCCGUGAUCUUAAAUACAGUUCCAAGUCGAUGGAUGUUUCGAGAUGGGAUAUCGAAUAA